GGGUGGGGCGAGCGGACAGUCCCAGUGUGAGGUAGGAGAGGAAGAAAACACCCAGGAGAGCAGCCCUCCCCUGAUAUAUAACAGAGGCGGAAGUUCUAUAGACAGCAGCAACAGAGACGGAGAGCAGCCAGCCAGUGUCUCGGUGCCCUGUUCACUACACACCGCCGGCACAGCAUUACAGGUUCAUAACUUUGGAGAGUUGCAUCUUCCAGUUGUAAACUAAUCAACAUGACAAGCAACUACAGCGUAUCUCUGGUUGGCCCUGCUCCAUGGGGCUUCAGGCUUCAAGGUGGCAAAGACUUUAACAUGCCUCUGACUAUCUCAAGGUUGAAUGAUGGCGGGAAGGCUGCUAGAGCAAACAUUGGGAUUGGUGACGUGGUGCUUACCAUUGAUGGUAUAAGCACUGAUGGAAUGACUCACUUGGAGGCACAAAACAAGAUUAAGACAUGCACUGGAUCACUGAGUUUGACUUUACAAAAAGCUGUGGCGUUGCGGACCAACCCAAAUCCUACACAAACUGAAGCACCUAAAGAAAUAAUAAAGCCUGUGCCCAUUGCAAAUCCCACACCUGCUGUACCCAAAGUCAACACUUCAGUCAAUGUGGCCUACAACAAAGCACCUAGACCAUUUGGAGCUCCAUCUUCUUCCAAGCCUGCUUCAAUCCCAUCACCAUCCUCUGCCUUUACCCCAGCCUCUGCAUCCCAGCCAUCUGCUUUAUCUCUGCUGGCUGCUGUGAACCCACCAACCCUUGCUGCACCCACUUUGCAUGCCAGUUAUAAACCUGCCACUGAUGGCCAAGCGCCAGCUUUGAGUGCCACUAAACCUGCAGUUAAUGUUCCACGGCAGCCUGCCAGCUACAGUCCGUCUGUCAAUCAGUAUGCUUAUGAGGUUGUACCAGAUAGCACUGAUGUGCAAAGAAGGGGACAGAAGGACAACCUGUCGGACAGGCCUCAAAAUGGCCCUCCUCGAAAACACAUUGUGGACACCGAAAUAGAUUUCCACCACGUUCCUGCUUUCAGUGAUGCCAGCAAGAAGCGUCUGAUAGACAACACUGAAGACUGGCAUCCCCGCACUGGUACCACCCAGUCACGUUCUUUCCGCAUCCUUGCUCAGAUGACUGGCACUGAGCACAUGACUGAACCAGAGCCUGAAAAUGUGAAAAAGAACCAUGAUUUGCUAGAGCCUACACCUGUCAAUGCGAUGUCUGCUGCAUCUGCUAAGACUAUGCCCAGUUCCUAUAAAUCCACACCAGCUGCAUACAAACCCAGCACUGUGCCAAAUACAUCCAAACCAGGAGGCUGGCAACCAGCAGCCCCAUUAACUGGAAGGAUCACAAAUCCACCUUCUUCAGUAAAACCAACAAGCAAUAACAAGCCAUUUGCACCACCUCCUGUGGAUGACCAAGACACACUGUUCCAGAGGGCGGAACAUAUACCUGCCGGAACCCGCACCCCAAUGUGUGCCAUCUGCAACCUAGUCAUUCGAGGACCAUUUUUGUUGGCUUUGGGUAAAUCAUGGCAUCCAGAAGAAUUCAAUUGUGCUCACUGCAAGCAGAGCAUGGCGGAAAUGGGCUUUGUUCAAGAGAAAGGGGAGCUGUAUUGCGAGAUUUGUUACGAGAAGUUCUUUGCACCAGAUUGUGCCCGUUGCCAGAGGAAGAUACUUGGGGAAGUCAUCAAUGCUCUGAAGCAGACCUGGCAUGUCUCCUGCUUUGUGUGCGUAGCCUGUCACACUCCUAUUCGUAACAGCGUCUUCCAUUUGGAAGAUGGAGACCCCUACUGUGAGACAGAUUAUUAUUCCCUGUUUGGUACUAUUUGCCAUGGAUGUGAGUUUCCUAUUGAAGCUGGAGAUCGGUUCCUGGAAGCACUGGGACAUACUUGGCAUAACACCUGCUUUGUCUGCUCGGUAUGCUGUGAGAGUUUGGAGGGACAAACUUUUUUCUCAAAGAAGGAUAAACCACUGUGCAAAAAGCAUGCUCAUGCUGUUAACAUCUGAAGUCGUCUUCAACACAACCGGGAGUUGGUUUUUUUGCUUUUUUUUUUUUUUUUUUACCAAAGAUGCCUCAAUGUUAGGAAAAGUUAAAAUAAAUCCAUAAAUCCAUUAUAAUGUAGAUUGAGGAUUAUAAAUUUUCUCUAUGAAUAACUGAUACAGUAUGCGAGGUAUGACAAACCUUUGUAUAAAUAUUCACGAAUGCUUACUGUAUGUGAAAAUAAUAUUUUGCACAGCCAAAGGUUUUGUUUUUUAUUAUUAUUAUUAUUAUUAUUUCAAAAAGUCAUACAGUUUAUUUAUUAGGGUUUCAUCUUCAGUCUAUGCAGUGUACCACACAUGGAGAUAUAUGUAAAUGUAGCACAGACAGGACAAUUUAUGUUCUAAAUCUAUCACUCUGCUUUUAAGUCUUUCUAUUUUAUUUUUUAUUUCAUUAUAGAUGUGCUAUUAAAAAAAAUACAUUUAUUAAGUUUACAUUAUAUAGCAAGAGUAACAUUUAGAAACCGGUUCCCAGAUGACUUUGGAAAUGACACGUAGAAUUACAAAUGCUAUGAGCUUUAAUGCAUUUGCUAAUGUUACUAUUCUGUGAUACUUAUUAAAAAUGAGCUUCCUGUUGAAUUAAAGUUUUGGAAAUUUGAACCCUGAAUAUAAAUAAGAGUAUGGCUGUGAAAGACUAACAAUGACAAAGUUCUAACUUGAUGUAUGUAAAGAAACAGUAGAGUGAAGAUAAAAAAACACAAGUAUGACUGAACGGUGAAGCACGGUCGGUGUAAUGGUUAGCAUUACUGCCCCACAGCACUGAGGUAAUGGGCUCAGUUCCCAGCAUGGUCCUAACUGUGUGUGUGUAGUUUGUAUAUUCUCCCCGUGCUUGAGUGGGUUUCCUUCAGGUACUCUGGUUUCCACCCACAAUCCAAAAACUUACUGAUACGUUAAUUGGCUCCCAACAAAAAUUAACCCUAGCUUGAGUUUGUGUGUGUACAUGUGGUAGGGAAGAUUAUAGAUUGUAAGCCCCACUGGGGCAGGGACUGAUGUGAAUGGCCAAAUAUUCUCUGUAAAGAUAAUUGGAAGGGUUCACUAUCCUUAUCCUGUAUGUAACUGUAAUGCCAAGAUACUGUCUAUUGCUCUUGUUUUUGUUUUUCUUUCCCCCAAAAGAAAGCAAAAGUGUUUAUUUUCAUACUGGUCAUCUAUUACAUACAAGGGUGGUUCAAUAAGUAAGGUAACAAGUCCUCUCACGUGUUGUGUUCUGUAUUUCAUUCUAAUUUCCCACCAGGCCAGAGCAGGUAGACCACUGCUUCCCCUCACAGCCAUUAGACUGCACCUCAUAGCAGACACAUGGUCAAGCAUUGAGGUGUGUAGUGUGAUUACAUUUCUGCAUCUAAAGGGCACAUCAGCUGCUGAAAUUCAUCAACAUCUUGUCGAGGUGUACAGUGAUAACGUAUUAUCAAAGGCAGUGGACCAACCCCAAAUCUGUUUCCGUGACAUGACAUUAUAACCAUAGAUGUAUUACAUUUUGAUAAUAAGAGCAGACAUGGGGGGAAAUUCAAUAGUUUUCUGGGCACCCGAAUGAGCUAUUCAAUUUUUGCCCCGAUCAAGGGCACCCAAGAGUUUAGAUGGGUUUAGCCACCUUACUCCUCUGAACCUGGUCAAUUUGAGAAUGACAUGCACAAAAAGCAAUAGGAUCUAAGUUACUCACACCCACCAGUAAAAUGAAGUCAGUGCUGCACUGUUGAAAGUGACAGAUUUUGUGCGAGGGUUGGUGCAAAAACAUUGGAAUCGCCCCCAUCAAUGGAUGAUGUGGUGACAACUGAAUACCGUGAAUUCACCAAGCUUUGUAAUUUAGAGUGGUUUAUGUGCAGAUUACUUUUUUAUUGCAGUUAAUAUUUAUAUUUUGGGUUCUAGUAGAUGAGUUUAGAUGUCUUUUUCAAGUAUACGUCACAUAGACAUAACUGUUUGACUAAGCAAGGUUUUUGUAACUGGAGUAGAAAACCGUUAUCUUAACUGGCAAAUCCUGUACUAGUGAAGGCUAAUCAUGCCAGUUAGACUGAGUUUCACGAAGGACGCUAGAUUUAAAAUAUAUAUAUAUAUUUUUAAGCCAGUCCUGUCAAUACACUUGUUGCUUGUAGACUUAUAACACUGUGAAGCUGGUUAAAAAUAAAAUAUCUGACAUAAUUAACAAA